AGAAACACUAAAGUUGCCGAGUCCUUCCGUGUUUCAGACGUGGCGCCGGAGCUCAUUCAGCGGCCAGCCUCAUUCCCAGCCCCGGCUUUCACACUCAUCUCUCAGACACUUUGCUUGAACCAUGUGGAGGAAGGCAGCUCUUGUGGCAUUGCUGGCCCUUGCACUAGGUUACCUCUAUCACACAAACCCCAAGCUUCAGGAGCCUGUGUUACGUCUCAUCACCCAGUCCAUCCCUCAGUCACUGUUCUCCUCACAGCAUGAACAUAAUACUGCAAACCUGGAAGAAUCCAUCUCCCGAGCCUGGGACGCUCUCAUCACUGCACCUGCAAGGCAAUGGGGUCGAAUAGCGGUCGGGGUAAAUGCCUGUAUUGACGUAGUGGUAUCGGGCGUCAAAUUGCUCCAGGCUUUGGCUCUUGACCCAGGAUCUGGACAAGACCAUGACGUGUUGCACUCCAAAGAGGACCUAAAAGAGGCCUUCAUCCACUACAUGGAAAGAGGGGCAGCCGCAGAACGUUUCUUCUCGGAUAAAGAAGUCUUCCAAAGGAUUGCAAGGGCUGCUGCUGAAUAUCCUGGUGCUCAGGUGUAUGUGGGAGGAAAUGCUGCUCUGAUUGGCCAGAAACUUGCCUCUUACCCAGAGCUGGUGGUUCUUUUGUGUGGCCCUAUUGGGCCUAAGCUGCAUGAAUUGCUGGAUGAACAGAUAGUAGUUCCACCACAAUCACUUCAGGAGACUGAUGAGUAUCACCUCAUCCUUGAGUACAAGGCAGGGGAGCAGUGGGGUCGAAUUCAGGCCCCUCAAGCCAAUCGCUUCAUCUUUUCUCACGAUGUGUCCAAUGGCGAGAUGAGUACUUUGGAGACCUUUGUGGCCAGUCUGGAGGAGUUUCAGCCUGGACUGGUGGUGCUGUCUGGACUCCACAUGAUGGAGGGAAUGGGCCGUGAGCUCUGGGAGAACAGACUCAAAGAGUUUGUGCUUGCCAUCUCUGAUGUUCGCAAUGAGGCGCCCAUCCAUCUAGAGCUGGCCAGUAUGACUGAUCGAGAUUACAUGAGCAUCAUCACUAAGGAGCAGGUCUUGCCCAUGGUGAACUCGAUUGGCCUGAAUGAGCAGGAGCUGCUCUUCCUGUCUCAGGCUGGCGGAGGUCCUCACUCUGACCUCCACUCAUGGAACGGCAUUCCUGACGUGGGCCGCGUCUCUGAUAUCCUCCUCUGGAUCCUGGAGCAGCAUGGCCGAGCUGACUUGGACUCUGAAGCCCAUCUAACCCGCAUCCACUUCCACACUCUGGCUUAUCAUGUGCUGGCCACAGUGGACGGCCACUGGGGGAACCAGCGGGGAGCCGUAGCGGCCGGGGCCCGUAUUGCCAGCUCUCAAGCUUGCGGAUUACAAGCUGUGGACGUCAGUAAGGUGGAGCUCAAGGCUCCGCUCAGCUUCUACAGCUCUUUCUCAGAACCGAAAGAGCGCUUAGUUUUGGACCCGUCCAAUCCGGUGACGGUGUGGCGAAGGGGGAACGUGUCCUUCCAUCUCAGUCCAGUACUCAUAUGCAAACAGCCGCUGCGGACAGUAGGGCUGGGGGACGCAAUCUCAGCAGAGGGACUCAUCUACUCUGAGAUUGUGCCCCAGCUGCACUCUGAUGACUAAAACGUUUACUUUUAAGCUAUUUAGUCCCUGAGGUCCAAUAACAAUGUCUUAAAAACACUUCCUUACACUUGAUCCUCCCUUCAAUACCUGCUAAGCAUCUAACCAGCUGGAUAGAUGUUCCUGUAGGUGCUCCUCCGUUCCGUUAGUCCUGAACAGUGUGAUGAGUGGAGGAAGAGAGGAUGUUUUUCAUGGUUACAGGAAUGAGACUUUGGUCCUCACUUUGUCUUGUGCAAACUCGGUGCGUAGUCUUAAUCCUUAUGGUGAGUACUGUACUUUGUCUUACUUGAGACUGUAUUAUUGCACUGAGUAGAAAAUGUGUUUUUUUUUUUUUUUUUUUUCCCCUCCACACUCCAUGGACUUUUCCCUCCACUGAAUACUAUGACAGAGUCCUACUUAUGAACAAGGUGCAGAAACCCUGAGCUGCUGUGAAAUGAAAAUAAAAAUGUCUUGAGAAUCCCACAGCCCCCAAUGAAAUCAAAUGCCUUAACCAAAACCAGAAACUAACCAAAACUUUUAUGCUUAAGUGGUUAUGUGUCUGGUGCUUAACUGCACUCUGCCCUCGAACAGGGAAAAAAAAAACCCAAAUAACUAUCCUUCUAUACUCCUUCCUGGACUUGUUUAACUUAAGCACAGUCUUCUGGCAUAAUUAAUCUAAUACUGGUAGUUAAAGCUAACUAGUUCUCACAUAUACCACAAGUUUUGUCACCCCUGCCCAUGGAAGGGUUUUUACAAUUUUAUAAUAAUUAUGAGGACAUUGAUAUUUUGAAACAACACACCAGCCAAGAAAAGUGUAAAAUCAACUAUUUAAUAUUUUAAAUUCCUUAUGAAGCUUUGCUCACUCGUGCCCCGAAUAGAUCAAGCUCCAAUCUGCUUCGCCUGAAAUCUACUUGGUUGUGGAAACAAUAUAAUUUUAAGUAAAAUCUUAUUAAAAAUACAUGUUGAUUCUGAAAUUUAUACAUGGGCAUUAACUCGACUAUGUACAACUGUCUUAGACAUUUCAGCUGUAAGCUUAUAUCAGAAUGUCUUUAAAACAAUGAAAAAUAGAUAUAUUUGAUCCAAUGUGUCUAAACUUUUGACUGGUAGUAUAGGUCAAAACAUUUAGGUUACUGAAAUUGUGUAUUGUAACUCGUACCUACUUGAAUGACAAUACACAAGCUUAUAGAAAUGGCGGACAUCUUAGUGUUCUGCUUCAUAGAAUAUUUGUAAGAACACCAGCACCCGCUUCAUCCUCAGCAUGUUUUACAUCAUUUAAGUAAAAAUCCUGCCUCUUUUUAUGCUGAAUGGCUAAAAGGAAGUAAGGAAAUAUUUCCUACUUGUUUAAUCAUGUCCUGUACUAUUCUUAUUUUUAUAGAGCAUAAAUCAAAUGUCUGUAUGUCUGUACAUACAUAGUGUUGAAAUGAUUCAGUAUCUUGGUUCAAGUUGUUAAAAAAAAAAAAAAAUCCUGCCAUCAGCAACUGACUGAUUUUAUGCAUGAUGAACUUGAAAGGUUCUGUGAUUUGACACAUUUCUUCUCUAAUAAGAAAGAAAGCCUGUUUCUCUCUUCUAAUGCAGGAAAAUGAUGUAUGUAGGCCAGCUGUCAGAAGUGAAAAGACUGAACUCCUAGACUGAACAGGGAAUGAAGGUCUAUUUAGUUCAGUGUUUAGUUCAACAGUGUGGUGUUGUCCUUAUUCUAACAGGACAUUUGAGCUGAGAAAUGACCAGUCUGUCCUGGACUUCUAGCACUGACACUGAGUGACCCUGAUACAGUCCAUUAAACAAAUUAGAGGUCAUAAAGCUGCUACUGUAAACGAACAGACAGAAUUGUAAGAGGUGAUCGUUGUUUCUUAUCUGGACUGAUGAUUGCCAAAAGCUGCACAUAUCACUGAAUUUCAAAUCUACUUUUCUUUAUUUUACAAGGCUUUCUUCUCCUUUAAGGAAAACGGUGUGUCUUCAGCAGCUCUGUUUCUACAGUUAACAUGGAAUAAUGUCAUAUUUAACUUUAUGCUUUCUUUCUGUCUUUUGUACUGUAUUUUGAUGCUUUGUUUCUUUAAAAUGACUCCAUAUUAGGGUGGCAUAUAGAGCUUUCAGUUGAGAACAGUUAGUUUGUACAAAUUAUGCAAAAUCUUAAACAUUAUAAGGAUAUUAAGAUAACGGGAAUAUUUAGGUUAUGGUGACUUAUGACAUUUAAUGAUAUUUUUUAUAGCAAUAAAAUAUUUCUGUUGAUUCAAAA